CAUUUUGAAAAUGUAUUACGGGCUAGUCCUGUGAAUGACCCUCCUUCUCAGCAACUAUGUGAGAUGUGGAUCAGCAGACUCGCUCAGGAAACCGUCGGCAUGUGCUUUAACUUUAACCUUAACGAGGAUAUAAAAAUAAAUUUUUGGGCCUCUAACACUGUUUAACUGGGUGUUCGAUCAGUUAUCGAUGCAUAACUUCCAACGAGUCGUCCAUAAAUAGAGUUCACUCCCACAAUAUUACGGAAUCACGAAAUUCCCCAUCCCCACAUUCUUUUACAUGAGGAUGAAAUGAUACGAACCCUGACUAAAUAUGCACGAUACAAAGGAGGUACUAAAAUCGAUGCGAACUAUUGAUGACCGUAUUGUCCAUGCCCUGAACACCACUGUGCCUACAAUUUCUUUCUCGGGCAAAGUGGAUGCAACGCAAACAUGCAAACAACUCUAUGAAUCCAUGAUGGAGGCACAUCUGAGCAGAGACCAAGCUAUCAAGUCCUGUAUAGCCCAGACAUCUGAAGUGGUUGGAAAGCUGCGUGAGGAAAGAGCAAAAGAUAGUGACAACCUGGCAAUCAGCAAGCAAUUAAGAAAGGAGCAGACUAAGUUAAAGCUAAUGCAGUCUGAGCUGAAUGUUGAAGAAGUAGUCAAUGAUAGAAGUCUGAAGGUCUUCAAUGAAAGGUGUAGAAUCCACUACACACCUCCAAAGGUGAAGUGAAGUGAAAUGAAGCCAAAGAUCGAGGUUCUAAUCGUGGCUGGAGAUUAAAGUGUGAACUGGUGCUGUUGCUGAGGCCCGACUACAGGAAGUUCACCCUCCACACCUCUGUGACCUCCUUUCCAACAUACUUUCAGUAUAUUCCUUUGUCAUGAUUGUGUUGCAUUAGCAGUGCUGUAAAACACUCAUCUCUGUCUUCUAUAGUAAAAAAUGUGCAAAAUUAGUGUUUUUUUAUAAAGACGCAACAAUGUUUUGAA